AAUAUUUCUUAAUUUUUUCAAUGUAUUCCAGUUUUUUUACCCAAUACCAUAAGUUCAGUCAGAAGAGUAAUGUGCGGUAUCCUGGGCUUACAAGAUCACUGGGGAGGAGCCUCACAGUUCAAUGCCUGGCGGGGUUCAAUGGAGUUGCAAUAAAAAGCGCGGAAUGUGCCACUGCAAUAAAAUAGAAACAACUGUGCCUAAAAACCACUCAAGCAUGCUCUCCAGUCUGGGCAGUGCCAGCUAUUGUAUGCGGAGGAGUAGCUGGGGAAAGGAUAUGCCUGCUUCCUGCCAUUCCGGACGUAGUCAAAAGUUACGAAAUCGAGCCAAUUCUCUUCGGGCAGAUAUCAUUUUAGACACUAAUAAAAAGUUUCGACGUCAAUACGUGUGCGGCUUUCGGCUUCUGGCGGAGACGGGACCUGGGAAGAAGGCGGAGACGGGGACGGGUUCUCCACCACCAAACUACUAUUAGAAUAUGAAGAGCUCCGGAAUGGGACUUCAGAUUCCGGCAGGAGAUGGGCAGGAGAUGAGAUGACUUGGCGCCCAUACCCGGUCAUAGUUAUAAUAAGCAAAGUUUUGUGCUGACUGGAAAGGAGUCUUUUUUUCGGAUAAUCAAGUCGGUGUGCCCGGGUUAAAAGUGACUCGGUCCGUUGUCAAGGCUAAUGAAAGAAAAAUCAACAGCCGUAAUCAUGCAUUACCCCAAGGAAAUGAGUGGUCUCUUUGGGGAGUAGGAAGCACUUCAUUAAUUUUCCUCGAGACUCUUUAAAUUAAGUUCAAUCCGCAAUAAACGUAGAUCUUUCUCUUGCAUAAUUUUGUUAUAUUAGCCAAGUGGAAGAAAUCUGCGCUGCCAUGUGGUCACUGGUUUUCUGUUCACACAACUUCAU